GGUGGGGCAUGGUCCUUGUUCCCAGUAAUGAGGCUUGUUUGGCGCCAGGGCUUAUUUGAAAUGCAGGGUCACAGAGCUGGGAGCAGACUGGUCUCCCCCAAGGCUUACAACCCCAGUGAUGCUGAGCUAGGUGUGGAGGCUGAGCUGGAGGAUGGGGUGAGGGCAGGCAAAAUGCAGAUCCUGGUCUGUAGGAAGAGACACUGCAGGCUGUGUGCCUCCCAGGACACUGCUGUUCCCUGCACUGGCCUGUGACUGCUCUGAAUGCCAACACUUGCAGCAUCUGAGCUGCUGCUCUGGGUGCAGGCUGCAUGCUCCAGGCGGAAGCAGGCGCCCAGCCACAGUGCUGCUGUGAGUGCUGGCACCGCUUGUUCCAGGAGCUGCCGGCUGUGCCAGGAAGGCCCUGUCCUGUUGUGGCUGAGAGCCCACAUUUGAGUCGUGAGCAGCUGGGAAAUCUGCAGCUGCACAGGAUGGCGAUGGUGCUGUGGCUAUGGCCACCCUCUGCCCUGAGGGACUCUCAGCUGCCGUGAAGAGUAGCCUUUGGUAAAAGGAUCAGCAUAUCCUUCCAAGCGCCCCUUGGCCCCACGUCCCACAGGAGUCCCCAGGCCUGACCACUACAACCCUGCUGGGUUCUCCUGGGUGCCCCCCUCUCACCACAAAGGGGCAGCAAGGCCUCGGACUGGUGCCCCCAUGGGCAUUAGGCUGUUUCCAGGAACUGGCAGUGCUGCUGCUGACUCAGGGCUGUGCAUCCUUCCCCUUCUGCCACGCUGUGAUUUCAUUCUUAUGGCAGCAAUUUCCUCUGCACGUCGUGGGAGAUGUGUGGGAUAGGGCGGUACUUGUGUAUCCCAGCCAGAGGAAACGAGGUGGGGGGUGCCAGCCAGGGCCUGGGAAACCUGAAGAGGAGCCCCUGGCACGGUACCAGCACCUCCUGGCUCUGGCCGGGGCUGACGGUGCAGUCCAGGCUGAGGCACUGGGGCAGACAGCGGCGGGUGCCACUGCCCAACACGUCCCAGUGGAAGGGGCCCUGUCAUGAGCAGACCUGCAGGGCAGGGCGUUAGUACCUGGGGAAUGUUUUGCAACUUAUGCCACACCAGCACCUCCAUCAGUACUGCAGGCCAGGAGUGGGCAUGUGCUGUGGUGGGAUUUCCCCCUGGGUGCACCUGGUUUGGUGUGUGAAGCAACUGGUUGUGAGGCUGCCUCGGUCCCCUCUGGUGCAGGGUUUGCAGUUCAGGCACCCUGGGGCUGGAGGGCUGGCGAAGGAGGCCCUGCAGACGAGCUAAACUGCUGCCCUGGGGACCUUUGAUUCAGCAGCAGGUCUGAGCUAAUGCCUUCUGCAAUACGGGACUCUGUGCCCCUGGCCUCCUCAGCCAUGGCAGUGUCAUCCUCUCGGGUGCCCUUGGGCAGCUCUGUUCUCGAGCUGACCCUCUCCGGCUCUGCCGGGUUGCUGUCUGUGACACUUGCUGUAUCCUUAGCAUCUCCUGUGCUAGCAUGCAGGGCUAGGACUCCUGGUGCCAGGGUCCGUGGCCCAGCCUGGCUGCUGGGGGCCAUCUCAGGGCUGUGGGGUGCACGGUGUCCUGCAUGGCGUUGCUCUGCAACCACGUGUAUGAGCCCUUCUGCUGGGAGGGAGUUGCUUUCCUGUGAGGCUGGGGCUGGCUGGACAGGCCCUAGGGCUGAGACGGGUCCCGGGCAUUGCAUGCCAGCAGGUCAGAGUGGGCUUUGUGUGCCUGAUUCUGGCUGUCAUGGAGCCAGUGCUUGGCUGGGUGCUGCGGCGAGGGCGCUUCAGGGAAGGGCUGUAAAGCCAUGUGUUUGAAGGCUGGGGGAGCAGGGGAUGCCUGCGCCCAUCUACUUCCUACAGCCCUGUGUGAGACUUGUAAAAACUUAAAAAAACCCCAAACAAACCAGCUUCUCCCUGAAAGUCCUGUAGGGUCCCACGUCUGAGGCCCGAGCCAGCCUCCCUGAGUUGCCUGGCUGCAUUGCAACCCAAUUGCAGGCCUGCGGUGUCUGGGCUCAGCUUGCUGGGGGGACCUUGGCACCUGGCUCUGGGAGCAGCCUCGCCAACAGCAAGACCCCUGGGCUGGGGCAAGGCAGCCUGGUGGUCAGUGCCACGUGGUCUGGUGGCUGGUGACACCAUGACUGAACCAAAGCAGGCUCUUGCCAGCCAGUAGCAGUAUCACCAAGGCCAUGGUAGCCAACUGGGCCCAUGCGCAAGGAAGGAGCCUUGACUGGGGUCUGGAUGGUGCUGUGGUGCCCUGGAGGCCAGGAACUCAUGAGCAAGGACUAUGGGGAAGCCCAAGUCAUAGCCAUGUCGCUCUGGUACUGUAGCAAUGGCCUGGCAUCUGUCUAGGCUGCCCCUUCCUGGGAGGGACGUGCAUCGCCAAGCUGCUGGCUACUUCCCUGCUGCAGCCAGGGCCUCCCCAAGAGGAAGCAGCUUGGCGUAGUGGAGCGCACGGCUAGGGAACGAGUGGUGAGCGCAGGAAGGCGCUUGCUCUGUGGUCGUGAGCGUCCUGCUGAGUCAAUCGCACGCCCAGCCCAUCAAACGCGGUGCAGCCCGGACCUAGCGCAGUGGUGGUCACUGCUCUCACUGCCUCAGCCCCAGACGUGGGAGCGCUCAGACACGCGGCAGCUUGCUUGGAGGGGCCCAGUGAACCAGGAUGAAGUCGUGGCUCGUGGCUGCUCUGCUGCUGCUCCUGAUGGCAGGCGAAGCAGAGGCGCUGGUGGAGCCUGAGCUGUGCUAUGUCCUGGACGCGGUCCUGUUCCUCUAUGGCAUUGUUCUCACCAUCCUGUACUGCCGCCUGAAGAUGCAGGUUCGAAAGUUGCCAAAAGUGGAUCCCAGCGCAGUCUAUGAGACAAAAGGGGAAGCGAUCUAUACUGGGCUGACCACUCGGGAUCAGGAGACCUACGAAACCCUGGAGCCCAAGGGCCAUUAGGGUUCCCAGCAGUAGCCACUGGUGCAGCCUCUACAAAAGGAUGUGUCCUGUUGGGAAUUUAUAUGAUCUCCAUCCCAGCCCUCAAAAGAAAACUGUUGCUGAAAUCAAUGGCCCCCGUUGCCCCCAUGCUGACAUGUCGGGGAGAGGCUGCAUCCCUCCUGGGAUCCCUGGGAGAUGAACAUCCCGACCUGCACAUCACUCCAUUACUCUGCGGCUGCUGACUCAGGUUUCCCUGUCCUGCCUCUCUCGUGUUUCCAGUGCAGAAGAUACAUAGGUGUGCUCCCUAAUCCUCUGUGCUUCUCAUCAGUGCUUCGCAGAGAGUCUCCACUAAAUGCAGGGGUGGACUUUCCUCCAAUAGCAACACCCUGUGUACCCGCAGUGAAGAGGUAUCACACAAACACCUCCUCAGUGCCACUCUGAAAAUGAGGGGCCAGUAAAAUGGUAGCAAUUGUCCUUGGUAGCAGUGGAUGUUCCCUGCCGGAUGCUUGCAGGUCACAGAGGUUUCCAACUUAAUUUGAUCAUGUGCCUUGUGUUUCUUUGCUGCAUAGUGGUGACCGUGCUGAAGCAUCUCCAUUUCUGCAGGCAGACUUAGCAAUAUGCCCACCACCUGCUCCAUUCAGGAGAGUGAUUAGCAGCAAGAUUCCCUAUCCCUUGAUUGCUAUUUCCCUGGCCUAGCUGGUAUUUUUACCACAAUGCUGGUUGCUGUUAGCAGUGAUGGAGAGAUGGAUAUUUUAGAACAUUUAUCUUAGCGGACCCGAUUGAUCUCACAGUGGGGAAGAGACAGAGAGAAGCUCAGGUGGGUCUCAGAGGAAAAGCGGGCCCUAGGUUCCUCUUUUACCCUCCAGCCUGUCCUCACUGGACCCAGGCCCAGUAAGCAGUGUGAGACAAGAAGUGACGGGGCCAGGGACUGCACCACACUGUAGUGACGGGGGAAAAGAGAAGGUGAGAAGCAAAAUGUUUGCAAUCACGGAUUGGUUCCAGAAUCAAGGUGCGCUCAGACUGCACUGAGCUUUUGCCAGUUCAAAUCCAGUCCAGGCUGGAGGUGCCCAAGCCGUGGUUGCCUGAUGCUUACUGAAUAAUCCAUGGGAAAUGGAUUGGUGGGUUUCACGCCAGGUCCUGAUGGCCUGUGCUAACAGUGUGAAAAACUCCAUCCCCUGCUCCCAUCUGUCCCUGCCCAAACUCCAGCAGAGAGCACAGGUACGUGUUUCUGCCGCUGCUGCCCUAUCUGGGGGCUGGAGGGCUCUGCUCCCCCAAGCUGGCAGAAGAGCACUUUGGGAGCACUGAACAGAGAUGACAAUUUUCAGAAACUCUUUACAAACGUGGGCCUGAUUUGGUGCAAUUCUGAACCUCAGGGCUUCACCCUUACAUAUUCCUACCUUCUUGACUUAGCUGCCAACUCCCAAGUUCAAGGUUUGAUACUUUCCCUGGAGGAUUUGCUGUCAUCUUUAGUAGGCCACACCUGGUGAGGGGGUGCAGGAGAGCGCAGCGUUAGGUAUAAGGACUCACAUGAAGGAAAGACACAACCAUGACCUCAGAGCUUUGCAAGUAGGAAGAAAAGGAAACCUUUGCACAUACUUCACUUUCAAAUGUAAAGUCAUUUGGGGGCACAUCCUAGGAGAAGGGGGACAUUCACCCUGCUAUAAAGUGCAGUUGCAGCUGGGAUCCGAGGUAAAAUAUUUUCACCAGAGCAAUGUAAGGGGGCUGGGCUAGAUGACUUCUGGAGGUCCUUUCCAGGCUUACUUCUCUAUGAUUCAAUAAGCCACUAGCACAAUUACUGUGGACAAGGGAUUUUGUAUCAUGGGGUGGGUGUUUAAUAAGAGCAUCUACUGGCAAGAGCAAUCUCUGACCUCCAGAGCCAUCAGAGAAAGGCUUUUUGUGCUUAUACCAGUGUGCUGCUCCCCAGCCACUUGCUCAUAAAUGUUUGUGGCCUCUGAUCUUGAUCUGUGCAUCGCUCCUUCACUGUCAAACACCGGCCACCAGAAACACCAGCGGAAGCGCACUCCUGUUCCUGCUCAUGCUUAGACAAACACAGCAAUGUGCAAGGCUGUUCCCUCUACUCAGAGCCCCAGUGCCUCUUUUUGUCAGUAUAAGCCACUCUAAAGAUAGAGAACUGUUCCUACUGAGUUUGAUCUUUAAGUAAGGGAUUUAAAGUUUUUAAGCUGCCUAGAUUGUGAAAGGAGUUGGAAGCUUGCAUUUGGAUGUGAUGCGAUCAGAGUUAUCCUUGGAGUCUUUAUGACUAAUAUUGCUUUUGCAAUAGUGCUACUUUGGACAAGAUACCACGUCAUUAGGAUUUCAUGUGUGUGGCUGUAGAGUGCUAUAGGAUGUAAUGGAGGAGAAUGCGUUACGUUUAGUGUUGGUCUGAUGAGGACAAUUCCAUGUUGCAAUAACAUCCAAAGGUUUGACAAAUCUGUUUUCUUUCUGCACUGGAACAAAACCGAAACCGUUUGAAUGUUUUUGCAAGCAACAGUGCCAAAAUGCUCAUCAUCAAGUUUUUAGCUCCUCUUCCUCUCCCUUUCUCUAUCAGACUGGACAGCUCACCCUUGCAUGUUACAAACUUUUUUGAAAUCAAUGCGUCACUGCAAAACAUUUCGGCUUCUCUGAAAAUGUGUAUUUCAAUUUUUAAAAGAGCAGAAAAUGUUCUAACCACCUCCUAAAAUACCAGAGUAUGUAUAGUGCUGCAGGCAUUAAGACUUUUUUAAACAUAUGUAAAAUAUACUUGUAUUGGCUUAUGUUCUCUUUUCUUUCAUAAAAAAUUGAUGCUAGGACA